GACUCUCGACUCUCCGACGAGGGACAGAAGAAGGGUGUUACUGUAGUUGCACAGCGCAGUAAGAGACCAAAACAAACCGCUCCCGAAGGUGCCUCAUUUCAGAACCAAAACUCGUCAGCAGCGGUUGGUUUGACCCGGUGGCAGUCGAGUCGAACUCAGUUCGGCAGGGGAUUCAUUCUUACUAUAUUUAGUUAAAUUUGUUUCAACUUGUGCGUGUUUGAUUCCCACACGAGCUGUGUGAUCUUUUAUUUUCCAUUCAAAAGCCAUUCGGUGUCAAGCGAAGAAAGAACUGCACAGAAAGUGGAUUAUACUAAAUCAGACCGCAACAACCACCCACUAAUGGUUUCGACAUAACAAAAAUACAUCCUGCCUUAAACCAAAGUGAAACGAAGUGUUCUUUCUCCCACGCGUAAAAUUCUGUGCAGCAGCUGAAAUCUGACGUCUGUGGUUCUACUCGGCCAGAACCGAUAGGAGUGAUAUCAAAUUUGGGCAGUGUCGGUUUGCUGAUUGCUAGCUGUUCUGGUGGGUUUAAUUUGUGGUGAUAGAACAGAAGAUACCAAGUGAGGAUAGCAACAACAGCCACGUGAAGCGUAUACAAUGUUCAGCCCGGACUAUGAGAAGCGGAUCCUGAAGCACUGCAGUCCGGUAGCGCGGAGUCUGUUCAACAACAGUGGGGAAUCGUCAUCGUCGCUGGACCGGUUUAUACCGUGCCGGGCCAACAACAACUGGCAAACCAAUUUCGCCUCACUCAGUACCAAAUCUAACGAGAACUCCCCGCAGUCGAACAAGAAGCAGCGCGACUGUGGAGAAACCGCUCGGGACAGUGUAGCCUACGGCUGUUUGCUCAAGAAUGAACUACUCGGCACGGGGAUCGAAGACGUCAAAUCCGUAGCGGAGGACAAAAUUGGCCUCCUGUCGAACAGCAAUCGGCCCGGUCUGUUCAAGUAUCAGUCACCGACGAAGCAGGACUACAACGAACAAUGUCCGUACUCGCUGUCACCGGUUAGCAUCAAGAGUCAAAAAUUGCUGCGAUCGCCGCGAAAGGCCACCCGCAAAAUUUCGAAAAUACCCUUCAAAGUGUUAGACGCGCCUGAGCUGCAGGACGACUUCUACCUGAACCUGGUUGACUGGUCUGCCCAGAAUGUGCUGGCGGUGGGGUUGGGUAGCUGUGUUUACCUAUGGAGUGCCUGCACCAGUCAGGUGACACGGCUGUGCGACUUGAGCUCCGAUGCGAACACUGUCACAUCAGUUUCAUGGAGUGAACGAGGGCAUCAGCUGGCUGUGGGGACGCAUCAUGGCUACGUCACCGUGUGGGACGUGGCCGCUAGCAAACAGGUUAACAAAUUGCAAGGUCAUUCGGCCCGCGUAGGUGCACUAGCUUGGAACGGUGAUGUCCUCUCGAGCGGGUCUCGAGAUCGCCUGAUCAUGCAGCGGGAUACUCGAACUCCAGCUCAGGUAUCCGAGCGACGUUUGGUCGGCCAUAGGCAGGAGGUGUGCGGUCUCAAAUGGUCCCCGGAUAAUCAAUACCUAGCCAGCGGCGGCAAUGACAAUAGGCUAUACGUAUGGAACCAGCAUUCAUCCAAUCCCGUUCAAUCGUACUCGGAGCACAUGGCUGCAGUGAAAGCGAUUGCGUGGUCACCUCACCACCAUGGGCUACUCGCCAGCGGAGGCGGUACGGCAGAUCGUUGUAUACGCUUCUGGAAUACUCUCACCGGGCAACCGAUGCAGUGCGUCGACACUGGGUCUCAAGUUUGCAAUCUCGCCUGGUCGAAACAUUCCUCGGAGCUGGUGUCCACCCAUGGCUAUUCACAGAACCAGAUCCUGGUGUGGAAAUAUCCAUCGCUCACGCAAGUUGCCAAGCUGACAGGGCAUUCCUAUCGGGUUCUGUAUCUUGCACUGAGUCCCGAUGGAGAAGCGAUCGUAACCGGAGCCGGCGAUGAAACCCUUCGUUUUUGGAAUGUUUUUAGCAAAGCGCGGAGUCAGAAGGAAAACAAAAGUGUUCUAAAUUUAUUUACCAACAUUCGAUAGGUAGACAUUAGACCUAGAAAGGAGCAAGCUUGAUAGGGAUACAAAUUGUUCCAUGCUUCCAUUAGUGCAGUCCUCAAUCAAUGACAAAAUUUAUAGCAUAUGUUUCAUUGUUCGGCCCUUUCCUUCAGGCUUAUUUUCGUUUAGACGUAAAUCAUCAGUUGUCAUUAAUUUAUUAACGCUAGUGUAUAUUUGUAUGAUUGUAAUUUUCUUUUUAGAAGAAAUAGAAUACGAAUUCAUAGUAAAGAGAGGUAAAGAGUUAUAUUUGCGAGUGAGAAGAUUUGUAGUUUUCUAUAUUGCAUUCAAGGAGUUAUCUUUUAUUUUCUUUAGAGUGAACAUUGUAACACAUUGUAUUUUCUAACAGGGAGAGCGUGAAGGAACGAAUGUUUUUGCAAACAAAACCCUUUGUUUGUUUUUAUAUAGUUUAUAAUCGUAAAUUUACCCGGUGCUUUAGGUGUGUAGAGAACUUGAAAUUUUC